AUGGAGCGACGAGAACAAGAACAACAAGAUGAGGAUGGUGGGCACGAGGAAGUGACGUUCGUGGCGCGUGUUCCGAAUGGAGAUGAGGCAGAUACGACAAGUAGCGAUGACGACGGGGAUGAGGGGGACCUGGGCGCUUGGGAUACCGGUGUUGAGGACGGGCGCGACGAUGAAGGCGUGGCAUCCACUGCAGGCUACAUCCCACUGAUGCUGGACAGUGACGAAGGCACCGCCAACGACGACGAUGGGGAAAGCGGCGAUGACAGCGACGACGAUGCUGAUGCUGAUGUCGAUGGUUCUAGUGAUGGUGUCGAUGACGACGCUGAUGCUGAUGGUGACGACGAUGCUGAUGGUAAUGGUGGUGGUGGUGGUGGUGGUGAGGAGGAGGAGGCGGUGGUAGUGGAAGAUGUCAAUGGAGAAACCAGUGGCAGACAUGAGGAAGAGGGAUCAGAAGGGGUGGUGGAACCUCGGCAAUUUACAGCAACCAUGGCUGUCGCCAUGCAGAUUCGUGCGCAGGGCACCAUUCACGUGGAACCUGUUGAACCUCAACACGCCAGAGCAGACGAUUUCGCCCUCUCAGAAGAACACAUUCACACCAUCAAGGCUUGCAUGGCAUCCUUCUCACUCCCCUGCCCGCCCGACUUCAACAUGACGGAAGUGGACACAACAAUCCAGCGCGUGCUGCAGCGGACACAGCACCAGCAGGAACAGCACUCGGCAGGCACAGGCGCACAUCAAACGCACCAACAACAACAACAGGAUCAGCAGCAGCCACAACGAGAAUAG